UUUUUAACUCGAAAAAUUAAUUUAGAAUAAAUAUUAGGAACAUAGUACACGUGGCAUGAAAUAACAUAUGAACUCUGGACUAAACAUGAAAGUUCUCAUGCUUAGCUUCCACCACCUCCUAGAAGGCUUGAACCCCCCUCUCUCUCUCUCUCUCUCUCUCCUCUUUCUCUCUCCUCUUUCGCCAACUUAUAUAAAUCUUCUCUCUCUUCUUUCUUUUUCAACUACACACAAUUGCAGAAAAUCGUCAACAAGAAGCAGAGAUUAUAUUAUCUCCAAUUAAUUAUAUUGCUUAAAACAGUAUUAAUUAUGGCUUUAGCUCGUUUUGCACUAAAGAAUUUGCAGCAAAGGGCUUCUUUACUGCCAAGAAACGCAACUCAGAUCAGUGCUCCUCAGCUUCUGCGGCGGCUCUCCUCCACGCCGGAGGAGAAGCAGCCGCAUGAAGUGGCGGUGGCCGACGGUGGCAAGAAAUCUAAGCUCUCUCCGAGGAGGAGAGGAAGGAGGGCCGGGCUUUGGAGGAGGAGCAACCGUGACUUCGUCCCUGCUUCCCCCUGGGAACUCUUCCCUUCUGGGCUGGGAAACGCGCUGGUUGAGGCGACGGAGAACAUAAGCAGGCUGAUGGAGAAUCUAACACCGUCACAUGUGUUCACCGGGCGGGUGAAGGAGAACGACGGAAGCUACGAACUACGGUACCAGAUGCCGGGGCUGGGGAAGGACGACGUCAAGAUAACGGUGGAGGACGGGGUUCUUAACAUCAGAGGGGAGCACAGGGAAGAGGCGGGGGAAGAAAGCUCCGACGGCGACGAGUUUUGGUCGGCGAAAGGAUACGGGUACUACGACACGAGCGUCGUGCUGCCGGAAGAUGCGAAGGUGGACGGAGUUAGGGCUGAGAUGAAAGAUGGGGUUCUGAAUAUCGUUGUGCCCAAGGCGGAGAAAGCGAAUAGGGAUGUUAUGGAAGUUGAAGUCCAGUGAAAUUGAAUACCACUACUUUGUCUCUGAUGGCUGAUAAUUUAGUGUGUGUUGUGCGAAAGAUGUUAGAACUAGUUAUUUACAUUGCGUUGAUUUGUAGUGUAGAUUAGAUUAAAUAAUUACUCACUAAGUACAGGUGUAGUAUUUAAUUUUCAAUGUUGUGUGUGUGCUGUGUGUCUUGUGUUAACUUUUGAUCGAAGGAAUUAAAGUUGUAAUAAAAAACCAAUAAAUUCACUUAAUUUCUUGCAAUAUGCUG